GUGAAAACGCCUUCGACCACUGGGACUUGGCUGCUAAGAGCUGUCCUCCUUGAAGGGCAAUCCUACUUUUCUUGGAUCACUGGUCCAAGGAACGCAUCCCGCGUAUCUGAGGCGUUCUGGAGGCGAUUCCCGUCCGGAAGGUGGGUUUUGCGGCCAAUUCCUCUCUAACGCCUCGGAUUUGGGGGGUGAUUCCUGAGCGGCGAUUUCUUUUGGGUGGAGUCCCUGGUUGAGAUUGAUGGGAAGGAAGAUGUUCUGUUGAGGACCGGCGAACAGAUCGUAUUGCUUGCUUCCGCGACUUGAUGUUCGUUGGUCUCGCCAUCGGACGUUGGAUUUGCAAAGACUAAAAGAAGGUCAGGGCUUUCAAUUUAAGAAGGCAAAUUAAGAUAGGACAGAUGUUGAGAACUCAAACGUGGGCUUAGAUGAGAUGAGGGAUGUUUGCGAAAUUGAUGAACCUAUUGAAGGCCUGCUGGCGGCCAUCAUCACACAAAUAUGCCCACACAGGCUCUGAUGUGGUUGGUUGGCAGGAUGGGCUUCUCUGGUACAAGGACAGCGGGCAGCAUGUUUACGGUGAGUUCUCCAUGGCUGUGGUACAAGCUAACAACUUGCUUGAAGACCAGAGCCAGAUCGAGUCAGGACCUUUGAGCUCACUUGAAUUUGGACCAUACGGGACUUUUGUUGGGGUUUAUGAUGGGCAUGGUGGUCCAGAGACUUCCCGUUAUGUCAAUGAUCAUAUCUUCCAGCACCUAAAGAGAUUUGCAACAGAGCAGCAGUUGAUGUCGGCUGAUGUAAUACGAAAGGCAUACCAAGCAACUGAGGAGGGAUUUACCUCCCUGGUGACCAAACAAUGGCCUGUAAAACCUCAGAUUGCAGCUGUCGGCACGUGUUGUCUGGUUGGUGUAAUCUGUGGUGGUAUGCUACAUAUAGCUAAUCUUGGGGACUCCCGUGUUGUUUUAGGGAGAGUUGUCAAAGCAACUGGAGAAGUUUUGGCUGUGCAAUUGUCAGUUGAGCACAACGUAGGAAUUGAGUCUGUGCGACGAGAGUUGCAGUCAAUGCAUCCCGAUGAUAAACAAAUUGUUGUUAUGAAGCAUAACGUUUGGCGUGUGAAGGGCCUAAUCCAGAUCUCCAGGUCAAUUGGUGAUGUGUACCUAAAGAAGGCAGAAUUUAAUCGUGAACCAUUGCAUGUGAAAUUUAGACUUCGUGAACCUUUCAAGAAGCCUAUACUGAGCUCAGUGCCAUCAAUUACUGUACAACCACUACAACCUCAAGAUCAGUUCCUUAUAUUUGCAUCUGAUGGCCUUUGGGAGCAUCUUAAUAAUCAAGAAGCUGUUAAUAUUGUUCAAAAGAAUUCUCACAGUGGAAGUGCUCGAAGGCUUGUAAAAGCUGCCCUUCAAGAAGCAGCCAAGAAACGGGAAAUGAGGUACUCUGAUCUCAAGAAGAUUGAUCGUGGAGUACGUCGGCAUUUCCACGAUGACAUAACUGUUAUCGUCGUGUUCCUUGACUCCAAUCUUGUUAGCAGAGCCAACUCACUCAGGGGCCCCUCUCUGUCAGUGAGAGGGGGUGGUAUUAAUGUGCCACACAAAUCUCUUGCUCCUUGUACAACUCCAACUGAGGUCUGAGCCUCCCCGAUGGAUUCAUCUCGGUUCAUUAAUCAUAUGUACUAAAUUAAACCAGACCAACCUCCAUGAUCGAGCUCUCGAUUACAUAAGCAGAGAUUAACUUCAGCAGAUAAUAUGUCUGUCUUAACCUACGACAUUGUACUAUUUCUUACACACAGGAUCAUUACCCUAGCAGUAUGCUUAUUUCAGGCAUCAGCAGUGGACCUCCAGCGCAAUGGCAUCACUCUGAAUAGUUUUCCUUAUCAUGGACCUCAUGCCACUUUCUUUGAUCCACUUGGUCUUCAGAAUAUGCCAGAACAGGGCCUUUCCUGGUGAUCGAACUCCUUGUUGUUGUCACUAACCGAUAACUGCUAGCAGAGCAGAAUCUCGAGUAACUUAUCCUUCUUCCAUCAGGACGGAUCUGAGGUGUCCGGUGAGGUGAUUUCUUACUGCACACAUGGAUUGGUUAUAUGUCAUGAGAAACAGUAGGUGCAUGUGUUGUAUGAACUGCAGCUGAAUUGUUUUUCAUCUAUAUAUAAGAAAAACAUGGGGAGGUGAUAUGAACAAGUAAAGAACCAUGUAUUUCAAGUGUUCCUGUGUUUACAUAUAAACUAACUAUGCUAUCAUUCUUCA